AUGAUCACGGAUAUGCAACUUGCGGUGUUUUCGAAUGUCCUCGGUGUGACGCUGUUCUUUCUGGUGUUUCUUUUCCAUUAUAUAAACGCAAAUUAUUCAAAAUGAACAAAUCCAGGUGUUUCACCGACCAAUGUACCUUUCGGUAUAAAUUUAUAUACCACUUCUGUUGACAUGAGGGAAUAUUAAUAAAAAUAAUUUAAGCUAUCG